AUGGAAAGAAAUGAAAGAGAAGAAAAUGGAGACUACAAGAAAAGUAAGUGGAUUACAAAGCUUCCAUAUUUAGUAAUUUUAUUCACAUCCUUAUUGAUAAGUAUAGUUGGUGGUUGUGUUCUUGGAUGGUGGCUACACAAAUAUCAUCCAUCAAAUGAGCAACUUUGGAUGGUGCCUUUUGGUUUUGUUCUCUUCAUUACUCCUAUCAUUGUCUUGCUCUCUCUAAUUGUUUCUGAUCCAUGUUUCUCCAAACAAGUUGAGGAUUCACUUUCUAACACAAACAAUGUAUAA